CAAAUCCCACUCACAAUCGCAAGCUAUCUCAGCUUCUAUCUCCUCUUCUCUUCACUAUUUUUAUCCGCUAAAGAAAAAAAAAUGGCCUGUUUAGCAUCUGAAACUUUCAUCAAAUUAUUCCUUGUAAUCUCUCUGAUUCAAGUAGCUUUGGCUACUAGAAAGCUCAAUGAGCUCGUGCAAGAUCAGCCUCAGCUCUUGCAAUACCACAAUGGGCCUCUGCUUUCGGGCAAAAUUUCCGUAAAUCUCAUCUGGUACGGCAAGUUCAGGCCAUCCCAGAGAGCCAUCAUCUCCGAUUUCAUCACCUCUUUGUCACCUUCUUCUACUUCCCAGAACGCCCAACCCUCUGUUGCCACCUGGUGGAAAACCACUGAGAAAUACUACCACCUCACCUCCUCCAGGAGACUACACUCGUCUCUUUCGCUCUCCUUGGGAAAGCAAAUACUGGACGAGAGCUACUCGUUGGGGAAGUCGCUCACGUCCAAACAAAUCGUGGAAUUGGCUUCCAAGGGUGACCAGAAGAACGCUAUCAACGUCGUUCUUACCGCCUCAGACGUGGCCGUCGAAAAGUUCUGUCUUAGCCGGUGUGGGACUCAUGGGUCUGCACCAGGCAAAAACAUCGGUCACGUCAAGGGCACGAACUACAGAUUCGCUUACAUCUGGGUUGGUAACUCUGAGAUCCAGUGCCCGGGGCAAUGCGCGUGGCCAUUCCACCAGCCAAUCUACGGACCCCAGAGCCCACCCCUGGUCGCACCCAACAACGAUGUGGGUCUGGACGGAAUGACAAUCAACCUGGCUAGCCUCUUGGCAGGGACUGCCACGAACCCAUUUGGAAACGGCUACUUCCAGGGCCCGGCGGAGGCUCCCCUGGAGGCGGCGUCGGCUUGUCCUGGUGUAUAUGGCAAAGGGGCUUACCCUGGUUAUGCUGGGGACCUUUUGGUGGAUCCAACAACUGGUGCUAGCUACAAUGCACAUGGAAGUAAUGGGAGGAAAUUCAUGCUUCCUGCGUUGUAUGAUCCUGCAACAUCGUCUUGUUCAACUCUGGUCUGAUCGGAAAGUGGACAGUGGAUUAGUACGGUUAGAGCAAUGGCUAGUGGAAUGAUCAAUGUAUACUCUAGAGAGAGAGAGAGAGAGGCAGAUAAUCUAAUUCAUUUAUUUGUUCAUUUGUUUUGGUUUUGCGGAUUAAUAAUGCAAGAGCAAAUUACUUUGGUUUGCUUCUUUAAA